ACCCAAUGUCGCCUGGGCAGCUGUUGAUACAAAGAAGUAGGACUGAUUAUAUUAGUGUUAAGUGAAAUUGACUCGAUAUUGACAACGCCAUUAAGGUGGAAUUUAAUGUACUUCGGAAGUUUCAUCUAGCAUUCUCAAUCCAACAAACGAAUAUGUCGGACAGCGAAGGCAGCCAGCUUUCGGAAAACCGUAGUAAUCGAGGAAGUGAGAAUGAGGAGAGUGGAGACGAAGCCUCAACAAGUCGACCGCAACCCAAAAAACGGUCCCGAUACGACGACGACGACGAAGAAGAGGAAGAAGAAGACGAUAACUACGAUGAUGAGGAUGAUGAAGAGGAAACCCGUAGGAAAAAGAAAAAAUCUCGUGGCCGAGGUUUCCUCAUUGAGGAGGCUGAGGUUGAUGACGAAGUUGAAGAUGAUGAAGAAUGGGAGGAAGGAGCUGAAGAACUCCUAGACAAAGCUGGGAGGUCACGAGGGCCCGCUCUCCUUGACGAUGAUCUCGGGGGACGGGACGGAGACCGUCACAGCCAUCGACGGCUGCAGAUGAUGUUGGAUAGCAAGCCUGAUGAAAUUGAGGAUUAUUACCGGCGAAAAUAUGCUGAUAGAAGCGAGCAGUACGGAUUUCGAGGUGAUCAAGGUGACGUCGACUUGGAUGAUGAUAUUGCACAACAGACUUUUCAACCCAGUGUGAAGGACCCGAUGUUGUGGAUGGUUCGGUGUCGCCUGGGUGAAGAAAAGGCGACAGUUUUACAGUUAAUGCGUAAGUUUAUUGCAUACCAAAAUACCGAACAACCGCUGCAGAUUCGUUCAGCCGUAGCACCUGAAAACGUGAAGGGCUAUGUCUAUAUCGAGGCGUACAAACAUACACACGUCAAGGCCGCAAUAGAGGGAAUCGGCAAUCUCAAAAUGGGCUCAUUUGAACAAAAAAUGGUGCCUAUAAAGGAAAUGACUGAAGUGCUGCGUGUGACCAAACAGCAAGCUGUUUUAACCCGGGGUCAAUGGGUGCGACUUAAGAGAGGAAUCUUUAAGGACGAUUUAGCUCAGGUGUAUCAUGUGGAACAGGCCCAAAAUCGUGUCGAAUUAAAGAUGAUACCAAGAAUCGACUACACAAAGCCGCGUGGCGCUUUUAAAAACAAUGUCGAUGCCGAAAAGAAACGGAAGUUCAAAAAGCCUCCACAGAAGUUAUUUGAUGUAGAUGCCAUUCGUCAUGCGGGUGGAGAUGUGUCUACAGAUGGUGAUUUUCUCAUUUUUGAAGGCAAUCGUUUUUCACGCAAGGGAUUUUUGUUCAAAGCGUUUAUUAUGAGCGCAAUUCUCACAGAGGGGAUAAAACCAACCCUUGAAGAAUUGCAAAAAUUUGAUGCUCAACCAGAGAAUCUUGAAAUGGACCUCGGAGAAAGAGCAGGCGGCAUAGAGUCAUCCGAAUUGUUCGCGCCGGGUGACAAUGUGAUCGUCUGCGACGGCGAGCUGGUAAACUUGCAAGGUAAAGUUAUUACCGUCGAUGGUAACAAAGUAUCUAUGCUACCGAAACAUGAAGAUCUGAACGAACCGCUAGAGUUCCAAGCUAACGAACUAAAGAAGUUCUUUAAGGCAGGUGACCAUGUUAAGGUUUUAAACGGUCGCUUUGAAGGAGAUACCGGCAUGAUUCUUCGGGUCGAAAAUGAACUUGCUAUUUUGUUUUCGGAUGUCACUUGCCAUGAGCUCAAGGUUCGCACUAAAAAUUUACAACUGUGUGCCGAUACCGCCACUGGAGUAGAUGCCUAUGGACAAUAUCAAUGGGGUGAUCUUGUGCAGUUAGAUGCGCAAACGGUCGGAGUUAUUGUUCGACUUGAAAAAGAACAUUUUCAAGUGUUGGCUCAGACAGGCAAUGUCAUUUCAGUGAAGCACCAAAAGAUAACUCGCAAAUGUGACUCUAAAAAGGCGGUGGCACUUGACUCUGAACAAAAUCAGAUCCAUGUUAAAGAUAUUGUGAAAGUAACUGAUGGUCCACAUUCAGGCCGAACGGGUGAAGUUAGACAUAUUUUCCGUAUUCAUGCCUUUUUACAUUCACGGUUAAUGACUGACAAUGGAGGUAUCUUCGUUUGUAAAACCCGGCAUCUUACAUUAGCCGGAAACAAGAUAAGAACUACUUCUUCUGGGCCAGGAGCUCUUCCAAUGGGAGGUUUUUCUCCACUUUCACCGCGUAUUGGUAGUCCUAUGCAUCCGUCAUCAGGCAUGGGCAUGAAGAGUCCUAUGCGUUCGCCGGCGCAAGGCCCUAGUCACAGUAGAGCUGCCCAGCAGAACAAGCGUGAUCUACACUUGAUUGGAAAGACAAUUAAAAUCACUAAGGGUCCAUACAAGGGCCAUUAUGGCAUCGUCAAAGAUGCAACGCAAUCAGCCACUCGGGUAGAACUACACUCAAAAUGCCAGACCAUCUCUGUCGAUCGCGCACGUAUUGAGCCUGUCACUGGCCCUGCUGGUCGGGCUCCAGGGGGAGCUUCAUCAUAUGUACGUACACCAUCGUACGGCAGUCAAACACCGAUGUAUGGUAAUCAGACGCCAAUGCACGGCUCUAGGACGCCCAUGCAAGGAUCCCAAACGCCGUUAUAUGAGCCGGGGAGCCGUACUCCGCAUUAUACUGGUUCAGAGACACCUCGCCAUGACGGCUCACGAACCCCUCAACACCACAGCUCCGCGUGGGAUCCGUCAUCAACACCGGCACGCCACGAUGACCUGGACGACUAUGAAGAGCCUUCGCCGUCGCCGUCGUAUAAUCCAGCCACACCCGGUUACCAACCUGAAACGCCACAAGUCGGCGGACCCUUCACACCGCAAACUCCCGGUGGCCUUUAUGGCGCGGGAAGCAGCCAUGACGCAGGUGCAUCAUAUUCGCCGUACCAGGGAACAUCGCCAUCGCCUUCAGGCGCAGGUGGUUAUCCGGUGCCAUCCCCUGGGAACUCGAUGGGUAUGACCCCAUCUCCACUAGGCUACAACAAUCCCAGUGUUCAGUAUAACCCUAUGGGCUUUUCACCAAUGACACCUGGAGUUGCGGCAAGUCCGUUUAAUCCGGCCACUCCAGGCGGUGGUAUGGGAAUAGGCGGUUUGGCUGAUCCUGUCGAGUGGCAAGCUGUUGAUCUUGAAUGUCGUAUCCGAGCCAUGGAACACAAAGACAAGGGUCUCGUCGGACAACAGUGUAUUAUUACAGGCAUAUCGGGAAGCGUCUGUUCAGUGCUUCUGUUGAAAGAGGCGCGUGUCAUCAGCGUCGAUUCCCACUAUUUAGAACCGGUUCGGCCUCGUGAGAACGACAAGUGUAAGAUCAUCUCCGAAGGCGAGGAAGAAGGAGUUGUGGUUGAUAUUAAGGAUGACAAUGAUGUCGUUGUUCUCGUCGGUGACCGUCACCGAAAGUACCGCAUGCAAGACCUUUGCAAACUAGGCAGCAAGGAUCAAUACUCGAACGCUUAGUUCGAUCAUGAAAUCAUUUAGAUGACUUAACGGACAACUUUUAGAGGUAUCAAGCCUAACUUAUAGAUUCACGGAGUAUAGAGAAAUAUUAUAAGCAUGGUCAAAAUAUUACAAGAAAUUUUGGUUAGAUAAGCUAACAUUUAAUUACAAACAACAGCGAUAUGUGACACCCAUUGUGUUCUUUAAUUACGGAUUCUGUAUAAAGCUUUUUUCGCUUUGACUUUAAAUUUAUAAUUUGAACCUAGUAUCUUGUUGAUGAUAAAACUUUCUCUGUGUAUACAGGCAUCUAUCAAUAAAUAUGACACCAUAUACACUAUUAUAUUAAUCAA